AUGAUAAUGGACAACCAAACAGUCAUCACCCAGUUCCUCCUCCUGGGACUGCCCAUCCCCCCAGAGCACCAGCACCUAUUCUACACCCUGCUCCUGGCCAUGUACCUCACCACCGUCCUGGGAAACCUCAUCAUCAUCAUCCUCAUAAUACUGGACUCUCAUCUCCACACACCCAUGUACUUGUUUCUCAGCAACUUGUCCUUCUCUGACCUCUGCUUUUCCUCUGUCACAAUGCCCAAGUUGCUGCAGAACAUGCUGAGCCAGGACACAUCCAUCACUUAUGUAGGUUGUCUGACACAAAUGUACUUUUUAAUGGUUUUUGGAGAUAUGGAGAGCUUUCUUCUUGUUGUCAUGGCCUAUGACCGCUAUGUGGCCAUCUGCUUCCCUCUGCAUUACAACAGCAUCAUGAGUCCCAAGCUCUGUGUGUGUCUGGUGCUGCUGUCUUGGGUGAUUACCAUGCUGUAUUCCAUGUUGCACACUCUGCUCUUGGCUAGAUUGUCAUUCUGUGAGGACAAUGUAAUCCCCCAUUUUUUCUGUGACAUAUCUGCCCUGCUCAAGUUGGCAUGCUCUGAUAUUUAUAUAAAUGAACUUAUGAUAUUUAUCUUGGGAGGACUUGUCAUUGUCAUCCCAUUCUUACUCAUUGUUGUGUCGUACAUACAAAUUGUCUUCUCCAUUCUAACAAUUUCACCUACUAGGUUUAUGAACAAGAUCUUCUCCACUUGUGGCUCCCACCUGUCUGUGGUCUCACUGUUCUAUGGGACAAUUAUUGGUCUCUACUUAUGUCCAUCAGCUAAUAACUCUACUCUGACAAAGAUUGCCAUGGCCAUGAUGUACACAGUGGUGACUCCCAUGCUAAAUCCCUUCAUCUACAGCCUGAGGAACAGAGAUAUGAAAGAGGCCCUGAUCAGAGUCCUUUGCAAGAAGAAAAUCUCUUUAUAA